AAGUGAACGCGCUCUCAUUUCCGCUGCAGCAGCUUUAACGGUCACGUCAAAAAUAAAGGAAAAUGUGGACGGAAAGGACGGACUAAAAGCUGGGGAGAGAUCAUCCAGACCGGCCCGCCAGCUGCUUUCUCUUCCGUAAGAAGUCGUUACCAAGAGGCUGCUUGUACUCGAGGCUUCGGUCGGAACAUUUAACGUGUUUUUAAGGGUCGUUUUGAGGUGAACCCGUCCCCUUGUUGUGUGCUGAAUUAGCCAGCGUUUAGCCAGCCCGCUGCUAGAGAUGGGGACGAGAGCGAGUCGCCUUCAAGACCCGCUUCCCUCUCCCUUCGGGAAAGAUGGCACUAAGCGUGAUUCCUAUCGCCGACCACGCUGUACCAGGCCCACCAGCCUCGUCGUCGACUUCUCGGUGAGCUUCGAGGAAACGGAGGCCAACCGGAGCCGAUCUGAGGAAGGGAGCGACUCGGACUUGGGGCAGCAUGGAGGGGCGAGCGCCGACGGCAGCCCCGCGGAUCACCGCAGCAUACCGUCCGGCAUUAGCCAGGCGUCUCCGGGUGACGACAACAACAGCGAGGGGAAACCCGAGGAGGACGGCGGGGUGAGCCCGGAGGCCCCCGCCGAAGCGGAACGCCAAGCCGGGGAGGAAACAGGCCGCACGCCACACCGCACUUUUUCAGAGAGGCUCCCCGGGAAUCGGCACUCUUCCGCCCGCAGCGUCGGGGCAAGGUCCGCCCGGGUUCGUGGCACACACCAGCGGCCGGUGUCGGAGGCUUGGAUCGGCCUUUACCGUGUUAACAACCGACAUGGCAGUAUUCGCUGCCCUUUCUGCUCGAAGCCUUUCCCAGGCGGUCGGAUCGAGGAUCACCUGCUGAGCUGCCUCACGUCUCCUCCGCUACCUUACAACACGGACGUGCUGAGCAAAGACAGCGGGGAGUGCUCGAUCUGUCUGGAGGAUCUGGUGCAGGGGGAGACCAUCGCCAGGCUGGCCUGCCUCUGCGUCUACCACAAAAGCUGCAUCGACUCCUGGUCCAAGGUGAAGCCCUGCUGCCCCGAGCAUCCCUUCGAUUGACUCGCAGGUCAGGCGCUUCCAGCCCAGCGACCAGAUCGACUCAGGAGACUACACCGAAUCCCAACGAAACCACAAUAAGAAUCAAGAAUUGAACGAGCAAAAUUCAUAUUUCCUUUUCCGAUGUAAAAGGUCAGCGGGAUCUUCCUCUAUCGAUUUAAACUCGACCUGCCAAACGCCGACGUAGAAACCAGCUGCUCCGUCUAAUAACAGAGAUGUCCGUGUGUGUGUGUGUGUGCGUGUGUGUGUGUGUGCGUGUGUGUGUGUGGACUCGUAUCACCGGGGGUCAUUUAAAUAUUAUCAUCUAAGAAAACCAGAUGGAGUUUCAGUGACCGGUGCCUCUCCUGUGUGUUUCUGUCUCUGAAUUUUAUCAAGUAUUUUUGCAAAAAACAAAACAAACAAAAACAAAGUAUUGUUACAAGUCCUACAUCGGAUGAAUGUUUCUUCUUCUCUGCUUCCCCCCAACCCCAAAUUUACCAAAUAUUCAGCCGUUACGUUUAUUUCUGAUGCGAUGAGGACCUGUGUGUGGUGGAAAGGGGGCUGCUGCUACUCUUUCUUUCUGUUUUUUGUUAUUAUUUUUCUUGCUUUCUGUUACCUUUAAACAUUUCAGGGGAAGUUUUGGGCCUUUGUGUUUUGUUUCAUUUAAAGUCGGCCAGUUUCGUCUCCUUGUUACCAUGGGGAUUGUUCAGGAAGAUUUGGACAGUAGCACCGCCUUGGCGCCAGCUGGAGCUCUUUUCUGUUAUGACGGUGAGCGACGGAGGGGUGGAUCUGUCCUGUGUUUGUUUGUAUAUACAUUAGAGUGUGUUUGUGUUUGUUGUAAACUUCGCAGAUGUCUGGUUGGUUGGCGAGGUUGGUUGGUACUUUCUAUGAAUGCGGUUUCUUUUUAUUUUUUUAAAUAAUCUCUGGGUUUUUUGUCUUUUUUUUUUUUUUUCGCCGGAUCGCGCCGGGACAAAUGGACGGAUUUUUGGGGGCAUGUUUACGCCAUGUGGCAUCUGCCUCCUCUUCACAGCACUGGGGGCGAUGGACAGCUGAUGGUUAAUAAUUACAUAAGCAGCAGGCACCCCCUUCCUUUUCCACCCUGCCUGUUUAUUUUGAGCAUUUGUGGCUGACAUAUUGUCGUGAUUAUUGCUAAAUGUGUCAAGUGGCUUUCCUUUGCCUUUUUUAUGCUGAUUUGCCUUUUUUUGGGCUCUUGAAUUGAGCCAGCGGAACAAACAACUUGAUUUUUUUUUUUUCAUCUGUUUCACAAAUUUUCAACCCAGACGGUUCAGUUUUAGAGCAAGGGUGUUCAAAGUAGGGAUCGGGGGCCACUUGUGGCUCCUGGAUUGAUUUUGUGAGGCCGUCAGACCAAAAUUCGAUAAUUAUAAUUUAUUACUUUUAAAUAAAAAUCUUACAAAAAUGUUACACUGCAAAAAAAA